AUGGGACCGAGCGGCAUUGUAAAAAAGUCUGGGAGCCCAUAUGGCAGCAGCUCCGGGAAAUUGCGCAGUAGAUGUCUCAUUUGGGUGUGCAACGCUGCCGGUUGUAGACGCGAGGCUGCUCGGGAUAGUCAAUAUUGCGGCAGACACAAACAAGCUAUCAUAGAUCGGCAGCUAGGAAGACCUCAAUAUCCUAAAAGAGAAAAGUGUCAAACCCGCGGAGACGAACUGCCGCCUCCCUACAGUUUCCAUCAAACGGCUGAUCAGAACCAAGAAAGAACUGGUAUCGUAGCCGAAGAGGUCGCGGGAAAACCCGACCAACAGAAAACCAAUGGUGAUGCUCGGACUGUUAUGAACGGGAAAACUGAUCUCCCACAGAGCCCAAUACAUCAGUAUCAUAGGAAUAACGAUACCUACAGCUACGUCGGCCCCGGAUUCAAAUAUCAGGGGAACGAAUUCAAAUACCAGGAGUACGAAAAUAUUUCUCUUAACCCUCUAUUUCAAUUUCCUGAGAGUAAUUGCAGAGGUAUGCCAACUGGUUUUACCUACAACGUUCCAUAUGAUAGAAAUUCCGGCAACGGAAGCGAUGCUAAUCCUGUAUUAAACUAUGACGAGGAGGAGAGUCUCUUUGUCAGCCAAGAGCCUCAAAGUCCUGAGAGUAAUCAAGGUGGUGAGAUAAUUACCCCUAUACUUGACAAUAACGCCAACGAUCCCACCCCCGUAGCUGAAAAUGAGAGCGAGAUUACCCCCGUCAGUUCUCAGCCUCAAUCCGCCGAGAAGAAGCGCGAGGUCGAAGUGAUUGAUCUUACCUACAGCCCGCCACCUCAGCAUCUUGAGCAUAGCAGCGGCAGCGACGUCAUCCCCACGUCCGAAUAUCAGAAGAAGAAGAACAAGAUCUCGAUUACUGAUGCCGUAUUUGAACAUCGAGGUAAUGAGACCAUAGCCACUACCCCUUCACUCGGAUUCAGCGGACUUAACAUUAGGGACACCCCCAUACCUCAACAUCGGGAGAACCAAAGCACAAUCAGCAAUCUUAUGGUUGUUUUCAACGGCCAUCCCAUCAACAACACUGUCCCUAUAUAUAAAUCUCGUGGGAUCCAGAGUACAGUUGCUAGCCCUGUACCUAAUAUACCUCAACAUAAUCAAUACGACAAUGGCUUCACCCGCAUGAAGAUGUCGUUGUCGUAUAUCUGCCAUUAGAUCGGAUCCCUACGAAUGAGAUAUAGUCGGGUGUGGUGCGGCGAUGGGUACCUUAGGUAGGUAAAUAAAAUGGAAUUAGCUGUAAUCUACACUGCUAAACAUAGAGGCAUGUGACUGCAUUUACUUUGUAAACAUAGAGUGAUAAGAAUGUUGUGUGUCUCGAGGGUUGCUUCCACUGGCUAUUAUGGGGUGGACCUCCUGGGUAUGGGAAUAAUUUCUGUCCCUUGCUAGACCCUAGACCUUAGGUACU